AUGACAAUACAAGUUAUUCUGUUGUUGUAUUCUGCAGGUCGCCUUCACGGCCAACAGGCCACCGAUGUGUAUGAAGCUGUCUCGUCGACGGGGUGGCCCUCCAGGGGGGUGGAGUGGUCCUCCGAAGCUUCAAUUCAGAAUGUCACCGUCGUCGAUGCCGUGCUUCCGGCUGAUCCGGCGGUGCCGCAGGGCCUUUCCCGCAACACCGUCUCCGUGGGGCCCGUCCCAGCCUCCCACAUCGUGCCAGAUGGCCACUCCACCUCCCUGGAGUGCAGCUUUGAGCCUCCCCAGGCCAACGUCACCUGGGUUCGCUCCUGCUCCCCGAAUUGCAGCCACAGUUCUAAUGUGGCCACCGGGGUCUGGAACCGAGAGGUGUCCGUGGACCGCAGAAAGGGAGUGUCACGGCUCUCCUUCCGCCCAGCGCUCAGGAACGACUCCGGGAUGUAUUACUGCUUCGUGGAGGCGCCGGGUGGCCGGGGACACUCCUGCGGGACGUACCUCUGGGUCCGGAGGGUCCGUCCGGCCGCCUUCCUGAACAUGAGUGAAUCGGUCAAGAACAAGAUCAUCACGGCCGAAGCCUUCUUCCUCCUGGUCAGCGCCAUCGGGCCUGGGCUUUUCCUCCUCUUCAGGAAGCGAUGGGAAAGCGAGCGCCUCUCUCAAGCCAAGAAGAAACCCUACGAAGAGGAGAACCUCUACGAAGGGCUGAACCUGGACGACUGCUCCAUGUACGAGGACAUCUCCCGGGGGCUCCAGGCCACUUACCAGGACAUCGGCAGCGUCAAGGUCAUCGACCUCCAGCUGGAAAAACCCCAGAAGCCCUGAAUGCUCUGGAUUCUGAUCCAUUGGGAAGCCCUCUCUGCAGAGCAUAGGGUUCCUCCCAUUUUGCAUGCAUGCACGCACGCAUAUACGGACCCUUUUUGCAAAGGCUCGUUUCUGCAAAGAAGGACAACCGACGCAAAUGCAAUGCAGCAAAAAGCGCUUCCCUGGCAUUCUGGUCUCUGCAAAAAUAUUCUGAAUGGGACUCUCUUCUUUUCCUUUCGUAUUGACACCUUUCUGGAAAUAUACAAGCCAUCUCCGAGUUGCAAAUUGUUGCAUCCCAGUUCAAGAAACAAGACCAUAAGAUUAAA